GAAGAAGAAGAAGAAGAAGAAGAAAAAUAAUAAUAUCAGAAUUGAAGGCUUGCUUGACCGUAGUUAACAAUGCCACAAGCUUGUGCAGCAUUUGGCUGCAGCAAUCGACGAACGGUCGAAAAUAGAGGCCGUGGAAUAACUUUCCACAAGUUCCCAAAGGAACCGGGAGUAAGAAGAACGUGGGCCAAAGCUCUCCGAAGGCGUGAGUUCACGCCCAGUGACAUAACAGUUGUGUGUAGUUGUCAUUUCCUUCCACAAGAUUUUGACAGAACUGGACAAACUGUCCGUUUGAAGGAAGGUGUGGUCCCUUCAGUGUUUGCUUUUCCAAAUCAGCUGAAUAGAGUGCCCAAUAAAGCUACGUCAACCAGGACAUCACUACAGGCCUGUGAAACAAGUUAUGAUCCUGUACCUGUGUCUGAUGUUCCAGAACCGCCAAUUCCAGCAAACUUAGAUCAUCCUUAUGCCGUUGACCCUGACCACGUUAAAGAUAAAUUAACUGAGGCCCAAAGAAGAGCUUACGAGCUGCAGAGGCAGCUGAGAAAUGCCAAGGAUCAUGAGAGAAGAAAUAAAAGAAUUGCAGCGUCCCUGGUAGAUGAGUUAAGAGAGAAAAGUCAUCAAUCAACGACACAGAGCGUGGCCUCGUGCUGGACGAGGGCUGGCCAACCACCGUCAAGAGAUCUAUCCCCUUCUUCAAAGACUGCGGCGAGGACGACGUGUGCACCACCGACCUGGUUCUGCAGGUUCACAUGGACAUCUCUGGCACGGGACAACAGCCCUACGUGAUCCACAGUCCUCGGAGGCAACUGGUUGUGGAGGUGCAACUGCAAAACAGGCUGGCUACAAUACCAGCCUCACGCUGCACUACCACGAUGCAACCCUCACUUCUCCAGUCUCAACAUACGGGUGAACUUUAUGUUGGAGUUGAGUUCAGCUGUGCACAGUUGCUCAGUGAAGUGCAGAUGAAACUCCAUGCUGCUAGGUAUACCUAGUUUCUUCACACUUCUAUAGAGUAUCGCACAAUGUGAGUCUGGUUGUCUGUGUGUGCGCCCCGUGAUCUCUCGCGAGCACCAGACCUCCACGAGUCCUCCCGUGCUCCCUGGCCCUGGACCUGGACUUCCUCUCGAGCCCUGCCCAUGGACCAUAGGCCUUUGCGCUUCUCCCCGGAUUCCUCUCCGAGCUUCCCAUCCCUGGACCCGUCCGGGAUCAUUGACUCUCUGCACGCACAUACUUCCAACACCCGCUGCCCAUACUCCAUUUACUUGCCACACAGUCUCCAUUGCAUAGCACCUCACACAUAGAUAGACAGAUAGAUAGAUACACAUCCCAUAUCCUGGCCUCGAUGCACCACGCUCUCUCACACAGUCCCUCCCCUUUUGUAAAUAAAUACACUGCUGAAGGCUAAA